CAGUGCAAAAUUUCUGGCUGUCAAGUAUCAAAAUUCUGCUAAGACCAUCGACCAUCAGGGUCACUCAACAACUUUAUGAAAAAUUAGUGUCUGUGCGUUCAAAAUUAAUCUGUGUUUACGGUGUUUACUGAAAAAAAGUAUUGAUUCAUCUAACCAGACUAUUGUAAUUCCCAUUAAGCUCGCAAAAAUGGCCAUGGCAGACGAUCUUUGGCGCGAGUGCGCUGCCUGGCUCACUCGGUGUAAAAUUAUUCCAGCAGACCACAAAGCGAAUCAGCUAGACUCCGAAAUCAAGACGCUGGCCGCAAUCCUGCGGGACGGGGUGCUGCUCUGCAAUCUGUUGAACUUUUUAGACUCCAGUGCAUUUGAAACCAGAGAUUUCAACCGGAAACCACAGAUGGCCCAUUUCUUAUGCAUUCAAAAUAUCAAGCUAUUUCUCGAAAUAUGUAAAACAAAUUUCGGCCUAAAAGAUUCGGAUCUGUUUGAUCCCACCAUGCUGUAUGAUCUCACAAACUUCCAUCGAGUGCUUAUAACAUUGUCAAAGCUUUCACAGUCUCGCAAAGCGCAGGUUGCGCAAAAUGUCGUCGGUUUUAACUAUCAAAUAUCGCAGUCGGAUAAGAGCCACUCUGAUGAAGAUAUCUAUAAGGAUUUACACGGAUCUGCUAACAUUUAUACUACUACUAAGCCGGAAAUUAGGGGUGUAAUGAACACAAACAACGUAAACCAGUUUUACGGAGUGACAUGGCCUACAGAUCAUCACUCUAACUUGGAUUCCGACCAAAGAGAAAUUUACGAUAACAUCGCCAAUGAUUGCGGUAAAAUUUACGAGGAUCUGUGUUACGUUACUAUCUCUUCAACUACUUCACCGCAGUUUGCUUCGACAGCUAGUUUCGAACAAAGAGAUUUCGUCAUCAAAGAACUAGUCGACACGGAAACAAACUAUCUGGAUGCCCUGAUGGCACUGAAAUAUAAAUUUAUGCAACCACUAGAAAGGGCGUUGGCAAAAGAGGUGCUACGCAUAAUAUUUCCCUGCAUAAAGGAGCUGGUUGACAUUCACGAGAAGUUCCUUGCCAAGUUGAAGGAAGCAGUGGCCGUGGAUUCUAAACUAAAGCUUAGCGUAGUAUUUUUAGAAUUUAGAGAACCAUUUUUAAUCUAUGGUGAUUACUGUUCCAGUAUGACCAACGCUUCUGAUAUGCUUCGAGAUGUUUGUAAGAAAUCUUCCAACGUUGAGCAAAUCGUUAACCAAAGUCAAAAAGAGCACAGUGACGGUCGACUUCAACUGCGUGACAUACUAUCUGUUCCUAUGCAGAGGAUCUUGAAAUAUCAUCUUUUAUUAGACAAAUUAGUACAAGAAACGAGUCCGUCGCACGAAGAUUUCCGUGGCCUUGAGCGAGCCAAAGAGGCAAUGGUAGAUGUAGCGCAGUAUUCCAACGAAGUUAAACGAGAUUCAGAACACCUGGUUGUUAUACAAAAGGUUAAAGAAAGUAUUUUAGAUUUAAAUCUUCCAAAUGGCAACAAUUUGGAACAGUAUGGUAGGUUAUUAUUAGAUGGUGAUCUAAAUAUAAAAGCUCAUGAAGAUCAGAAAACGAAACAUCGAUAUGCCUUUGUCUUUGAAAAGGUUAUGAUAUUAGUGAAAAAUUCAAAUACAAAAAUCGGGGAAGGACAAUAUGUGUUCCGGGAAGCACAUCACUUACAGGACUACCGUGUCGAGAUUUGCCACUCCAGACGAACUUUGGGUCGCGAUGGUAGACUGAAGUAUUCUUUAUUACUGGCACGAAAGACCCAAUCUACUGCAUUUACCUUGUACAUGAAAACAGAAGAAGAACGGGAUAAAUGGAAAAGGGCCCUCGAUAUUGCGAUGGAGGUCAUAGAUCCAAUAGGGUGUCGUAAUACAGACCACAGAUUCAAUGUCUGCACUUUCGACGCACCCAUCAUCUGCAGACAUUGUUCAAAAUUUCUGAAAGGAAAAAUUCACCAGGGUUACCGCUGCAAAAGCUGCGAAAUAGUGGUGCACAAAGGAUGCAUAUCGUCAACGGGGCGGUGCAAGCAGAAUCAAUCUCCACCACCGGUGUGCGAUCGAUUGCUUUCGGAGUUCAACUGGUUCGUCGGGGCAAUGGAUCGCGACACGGCUACCAAUAAGUUAGAAAAGAAAAAAGUUGGCACCUAUUUACUACGCGUCCGUCCACAAGGAGCAUCGAACGCUUAUGAGACAAUUUACGCAUUAAGUUUAAAAACCGAUAAUAAAAUAAUAAAGCAUAUGAAAAUUUACCAGAAGCAAGAAAAUUUCAGUGUUUUGUAUUACCUUUCAACCCGGAGGCAUUUCAAAACUAUCGUGGAACUGGUUUCUUUCUACGAACGCAACGACCUCGGAGAAAAUUUUGCUGGGCUCAAUCAAUCGCUGCAAUGGCCCUUUAAAGAAGUUAUAGCGACGGCCUUGUACGAUUUUUCACCGAACGAACCUAAUCAACUGCCAUUGCGGCAAGGGUGUCACGUAAUUGUAAUAGGGAAGGAGGGCGACAGUAAAGGCUGGUGGAGGGGGAAAACGUUAGAAAAGGUUGGAUUCUUCCCCAAGGAAUAUGUACGAGAAAAUCAAACGAUUACCGACGAUCAAUGACGUUACGACUAUGUCGUCUACAUCGAACCGCAUGCAACAAAAUGAAGGAAUCUCUAAAUGGAAAUCUUCUGUAAAAUCUAUAAUUAAUGUUGUUAUUGUUAUAAUUUGUUUAUUGAUAGGGAAAAAAGCAUAGAAUUGUAUGUUAAGAUGUAUGUAUAUUACACUUGGAUGUAAUGCUAGUUUAUUUCAUUAAUUUAAUGUUACUGACAUUCAAGAGAGACUUAAUAGUUUCGAUGCCAAAUUUUCUAGUUAUAUUUUAGCCAUGAAAUACAUAUAAAUAUUUUACACCAUA